UUGGAUUGAUCAAAUGUUGAUGAUUACAGAGCUUAAUCCAAAGGGAGCCGGCAGCCAGCUAGCAGCCUCGAAAAAGCCGGCAUCCUUCCCUUUUCCCUCUUCUUGUUACAAUUUCCCCCCCUGCUCAUCAUGAAUGAGACUUGUGCUGACUGUUCAUGUCAAAUCCGUACUUUUCAGAUUUUCUUGAGUCCUGUUAAAAGUCGGUUUCUGUAUCAUAGAUUCUGAUGACUGAAAGACCAUUCAGAGACAAGAGAUAGAUCAUCUGAAUUCGGAAGCUCUUAUAGCUUCUUCAACAAGUUUCUUCAGUUGGUUUCUUGAAAUUCUGAAACACUCCAGCUCAGAGAUUGCUGCUUCUUUUUUCAGGCGAAAGAAGGCAAAAACAAGCAAGCACGACUCUGCCCAGAGAGUUAUCCUUCAUUCUGCAAUUUCAGUACUUUAUCUAUCUCUAGCAUCGUUUUUAUCGAGAGUUUCUCUCCAUACAUUGUACAGUAAUUAAAAGCCAGUUAUUUUUAAGCUUCUGGGAUAGUUGGCUUUUAGACGAUUGGUGGUAGUAGCACGUGGAAGAAUAGGUUAGGUUUCUACGUACCCAACAAAUUGCAAUUUUACCUGAUGUUAGAAAAACAUUAGGCAUAUCAUUUGAAAUUCAUUGGUUUGGUGAGUUUGGUUACGAAAUGGCUGGAAAUUAUAGGUUUGAGAUGGAUCAUACAGAUAUUGUGAGAUCAUUAAUCACAACCACUGGGAGUUUUAUUCAAGAUAGGUUGAUUGAUAAAGAACAGAGAGCCCUGCAAAAAGAACAUUGUGCUGAAAGACUAGCAGCUGAAGAUGGAAGCUCUGAUAAAGAUACCGAAGUUAGGUACUCUGAUCAAGCCGUCCUUGCAAAUCUUGACUGGGGAAUUGAGGCCCUCGAAGAGGCAAUUAGCACUUCCAACAUGGAGACUAAAAUGGCAAGAUUAGAUUAUGCUGAGAAAAUGUUACAAGUUUGUGCAAUGUUGAAUUCUAGUCAGAGAACUGCUGGGGUUCCCAAUUUCUAUUUGUCUGCAUGGGCACAUUUGAAUCUUUCCUACUUGUGGAAGUUGAGAAACAAUGUUCAGAAUUCGGUUCUUCAUAUCUUGGACAUGUUUAUCAUAGACCCUUUUUUCUCCAGGAUUGAUUUCGCUCCUGAGCUCUGGAAAUCAUUGUUUCUUCCGCACAUGAGUUCCAUUAUUGGAUGGUAUUCGGAGGAGAGGCACAGGAUAGUGAUGGAUGUGAUUCCUGAUUCUAAUGACUUGUCCUUUACGGUCGAUUUUGAUAACUACUUCAAUGAAUCACUAAUCACAUCUGUGAGGCCAGAUCAAGCAGAAAAAAUGCAAAAGCUAGAGCAUCUUUAUGGGCAAUCUUUGGAUGAGAAUACAAGGCUUUAUGCCAGAUAUUACAAGGAGUGCAUGAACUAUGACUCUGCCACAACCAAGAAGGUGAUCCCUAUGAUGCCAAUUGCAGAGCCACCAAUGACACCUUUGCAUGAGGUGAGCCAUAAGAUCCCUGAUUAUGUCAAAUUUGGUCCAAUCUUGCCCAAGAGUGCUGGGUUUUCUCCUGUUCUGAAAGCUCAAGGAGAGACAAGCGAAGCGUCUAGAUUAAAUUUAGCUUCUGCAUCUGAUGAGAAUCUCGAUGACUAUGCCAUUUGGGAUCCAACUCAAGGAAUUCCCGAGGAGAGUGAAGACGAACUCGAUUAUGAGCCUGAGGCAUGUGAAGAAUCUACAAACAGAGGUGUCAAAGCUGCACCUUCUUAUAGCAGCACCAUAAUCAAUAAGGAUAUAGAAGCGACUUUGAAAGUGCAGGCGACCAGAGUGAGGAGUCGAAACCAAACACCUAAUGACUUCUCCCCUGUGGAUUCUCCCAAAAAAAAGGAGUCACCUUCAAAACCAGAGACACAUGGUAGGAAGGAACCCACAUCUUUAUUGCGUUUGGUGUCCACCCGAGCCAAGGAAAGGACAGCCUCUGCUUCUUUGGCUGAUUCUCCAGAUUCAUCUCGGCAUUCAAACAUUAGUUCAGUAGAUAAUGAUAAUGAACUGAUGGAGCAGCAGAAAUCUGGAAGGAAAAGCAGCAGUCAUUCUCGAAGGAGCAGUCAAGUCCUGGAGAAAAGCUUCUCAAAUGAAAGUGAUGAAGGUAACAAUAGCAUCAUCUCUCUGCUAUCGGACAAGCAGACUCCUCAAUCAAGGCCGCCAAAAGAUUUUGUAUGCCCUAUAACAGGGCAAAUCUUCCAUGACCCAGUCACCCUUGAAACAGGACAGACGUAUGAAAGAAGAGCUAUCCAAGAGUGGAUAGACAGAGGAAACACAACUUGUCCCAUUACCCGGCAGCCUUUCUUGGCCACUGAACUGCCCAAAACAAAUUAUGUCCUAAAAAGACUAAUUACCUCUUGGAAAGAACAGCAUCCUGAUCUUGCGCAGGAGAUGUCCUAUGCUGAAACUCCAAGAAGUAACUUAAGCACACCUUCAUUGAAUGAGAUGUCAUCAGAUUCCAAUCCUUCCGGGAUGACUAGUUAUCCAAUUCGAAGAUUAAUGGACAACGAUCCAGAACAUAAACCCCGAAGAUUUAUGCGAGCUGCAGUGUCAACAUCACCAACCAGCGUACUAUCUCAACCUGCAGUGGAAACAGUUAUAAAUGGACUUAGACCUUACAUUUCAUGUCUCUGUAAUUCAGAGGAUCUACAAGAAUGUGAAGCAGCAGUCUUGACAAUAGCCAGGAUAUGGAAUGACUCAAAGGUUGAAUCAGGCAUUCAUUCCUAUUUGUCUUCACCAGCAAUAGUAAAUGGCUUUGUUGAGAUAUUGUCAGCAUCUUUAAACAGGGAAGUUCUCAGAACAACAAUUCACAUUCUCUCGCAGCUCAUAUAUGCAGAUGAUAGUAUUCGAGAAGUUCUCACCAGUGUGGACACUGAUUUUGAUUGCCUUGCUUCUCUAAUGAAAAAUGGUCUUGCUGAGGCAGCAAUACUUAUAUACCUUCUAAGACCGUCAUUCUCUCAGCUUUCUGCUCACAACCUUAUACCGUCUUUGACACAGCUCAUUUCCAGCAAGAGCGAAGAUCCCCUCGAUCUUCAAUUUGUUAUGGCGCCCAAGGAUGCGGCACUAGUUUUGCUUGAACAGAUCAUUACAGGAGGUGAUGAGACGACCAGGUUGACAAUCACUAUGGAUAUUAUAUCCACUGGUUCAGUUCCUGCCUUGCUUAAGUGCCUAGAUAGGGUGGAUGGAAGACAUUCCAGUGUGACAAUACUGCUAUGCUGCAUUAGGGCAGAUAAGAGUUGCAGAAAUACAAUAGCCAGCAGAAUUGAGUUGUCUCCUGUGCUUGAGUUAUUUCAUGCUGGAAAUGAUAGUGUGAGAGGCACAUGCAUAGAAUUUUUCUCUGAGUUAGUGCAUUUGAGCAGGAGAAAUUUGUGCAACCGGAUUCUGCAAAUAAUUAAAGAUGAAGGAGCAUUUAGUACCAUGCACACGCUUCUUGUUUAUCUACAAAUGGCUCCAAUGGAGCAGAAACCUGCAAUUGCUUCCCUUCUUCUUCAGUUGGAUCUCCUGGUUGAACCAAGGAAGAUGAGUAUCUAUAGAGAAGAGGCAAUUGAGGCAUUAAUAGAAGCACUUCGCAAGAAGGAAUUCCCAGCCUCUCAAAUUGCAGCUUUAGAUGCCUUAUCAUCUCUUCCAGGGCAUAUGAACGCCUCGGGGAAGCCCUACACUGAAGCCUGGUUGCUUAAGCUUGCUGGAUUUGAUCAACCUUACAAUGCUUUGUUGAAAGGAGAAAAGCUACAAACUUAUGAAAGUGAAUUCAGCGAAACUGUGGAAGAAGAAGAAAGAGCUGCUAGAUCUUGGGAAAAAAGAGUGGGAUUUGUUCUCUGCAACCAUGAAAAAGGAGCAAUUUUCAGAGCUUUGGAGGAGUGUAUCAAGAGCAAUUCACUAGAGAUAGCAAAAUCUUGUCUUGUCAUCAGCACAUGGCUCAUCCAUAUGCUUUACAAUUUUCCUGAUACUGGGGUAAGAGAUGCAGCUCGGAAGUAUUUGCUUGAUCAGUUUAUAACCAUACUACAAUCAUCAAAGAACCUUGAGGAGAAGAUUUUGGCAACUCUUGCUUUGGGAGGCUUUAUUACUGAUCCAGGUGCACUUAAUGAACUGGGGGUAUAUGCCAAAAACAUGUACAAAACAUUGAGGAAGCUGAAGCGAAACUCUGUAGUGGUCAAUGAUUUGUUGAAAGCUUUGAUAAACUUGCCAUCAAUUGAUGCGGCAGAGUUCUGGUGCUACGCUGAAGGUCCGGAGUUAGAUGCAUCCAUAAAUGGUGAAGUUCUUUCCAUUCUUCACACCAGAGGCCGACUUAUCAGCAGCCAUUCUGAUGGAACCAUGAAAGUGUGGGAUAUCGGAAAGAAGAUUCCAAGAUUAAUUCAAGAAGUUCGGGAGCACAGUAAAGCGGUUUCAUGUCUCUGCCUUUCAUCAUCUGGUACCAAAGUGUUCAGUGGCUCCUUGGACAAGACAAUCCGGGUCUGGGCAAUCAAGCAGGCAGAAAUUCAGUGUGUUCAAGUCCAUGAUGUUAAGGAGGCAGUGCUGGAGUUGUAUGCCAAUAGCAACUUCGCCUGCUUUUCGUCUCAAGGAACUGGAGUAAAGGUUUAUAAUUGGUCGGGAAUUCCUAGGCAUGUUAAUUUUAGCAAAAAUGUGAAAUGUAUCUCCUUGUUGGGCGAUAAGAUCUAUUGUGGCUGUACCAGUUACAGCAUACAGGAGGUGGAUUUAGGAACUCUCACAUCAACCAUAUUCUACACUGGUACAAGGAAAUUGCUAGGGAAACAAACAAUAUUCUCCUUGGAAGUCAACAGCGGUCUUCUUAUUGCUGGCGGUUCCUCGGUUGAUGGAAUAGCAGGAAAGGUAAACCAUCUACGUUUUUGUAUCUGGCAUGAACGAGAAAACAUGAAAUUCUUGACUUGCCUAUCAUUUUUGACACAAAAUUUGCGUAUGAAGGUGUUCUCUCUCCCGAGCAAGGCCGUCCUAGGAACGCUGUCCACUGGUUUGGACAUACAGAAGAUAACAGCCAACAAUGACUUCAUAUUUACGGCUUCAAAAUGUGGAAUAAUAGAAGUAUGGCUGAAAGAAAGAGUAACAAAGAUUGGUUGCAUCAGAAAGUCCGGUGGGAAUAACACGAAAUUGUUAUCAUUGGCUUCCGAUAUGGAUGGACAAAUGCUUUUUGGUGGUUCCUCCGAUGGCAAAAUCCAGGUCAGCCACAGACUUCUUGAUUAUCUUGGACGUCAAAUGUCGUUCAUUUUUAAGACUGGAUCUCACUAAUUGCCCUUGCAUUGCAGAUUUGGACGCUAAAUUGAAUGUUGAAACAUGCGGAGUUUUCCUGUAUAAACUCAGCAAUGGUUCGCCAAUUGAUUGCCGCCUCAUGCUGGUUGUAGCAUCGCUCAGUUUGCCUGCCCUCUACGAUGCACAAUUUUGCAGUGAACCAGUUCUAACUAUAAUCUUAAAUUCUUUUUAGUAUGUUAACCUUUUCUGAGGGGAGUUGCAGCUCUUUCUCUCUGCAUUUGCCACCAUUGAUUCUCCUAGUACCAAAUUAUGUUAUGUGGGAAAGGUUUCAGUUGAAACAGAUGCAUCAUGCACUGACAAUUUCACCAGCUUGCAAAUUCGAUGUCCUCGUCCUUGC